AUGGCGGUUGUUAUGACUGUGGAGCAGACUCUGGAUCCCCAGCGAAGCACUGCGGAUUAUGCAGGUGAGAGAAUAACUGAUAUUGGAGUUGUGAUCCCGAAAACAGGCCCCAUAUACUCAAACAUUGACAAAAUCAAGAAUUAUCGAUCGAUGGCAGAAGCCAGGCCGACUGCUGAACGAAGCGAAAGGCAGGCGGCCAACGGAACAGAAGCCACACAAACCCCGGACGAGGGAGCUGAGAUCAUGGAUCCCAAAGAUGUGCAGCCGUCAGCUGUUAUCAGCCAAUUACCGGGCUUCAUAAGGCGACACAGCUCGAAGACACCCAAUGAAAACCGCAAAUCCGUACCAGAGCUAGAAAGAAGACAGUCACACCCAAGUGUGACUGUUUCUGAACACGCGCGACUUUCUCAAGAAGUGAAAGUGUUGGCGAGGCCGUCACUGGACAGAGGCUCCUCUGCUGCCAACCCUAAGAGGGUUUCAGUGGUGAACGGAGACUUCAUUUCAGAAGAUCCGGAUAUCAGCGACGAGCUGAAGCGAAUGAGAGAUUCUGAAAAGGCAAAGCGUGAGAACAAGAGACGCAUGAAAGAGCUUCAAGACGGAGAAAGGGUGUUGGUAGGCCAGAGAGUCAGUGAAGGCCAUGCGAAUUAUGUCAUGGCCUAUGACAUGCUUACGGGAAUCCGUGUCGCCGUUUCGCGGUGUGCUCAGGUUCCGCACAGAUUAACAGAUGCCGAUUUCACUGCUACCAAAAAGCUCGCUUUUGACCUUAGUGGUUCUGAAAUUACACCUUCGUCGAAAUACGACUUCAAAUUCAAAGAUUACGCUCCUGAGGUGUUCAGAGAUUUACGGAGGUUAUUCAAGCUUGAUGCUGCAGACUACCUUGUGUCUCUAACUGCAAAAUAUAUUCUUUCAGAGCAGGGUUCUCCCGGGAAAAGUGGCUCUUUCUUCUACUACUCGCGCGAUUUCAAAUUCAUUAUCAAGACUAUCCACCACAGCGAGCACAGACAGCUCCGCACGGCAUUGCGCGAGUAUCAUGCAUAUGUUCGGGACAAUCCGAACACACUGAUAUCCCAGAUAUACGGAUUACACCGGUUGAAGAUGCCUUGGGGAAGAGACGCAAAGGUACACAAAGUCCACUUUCUAGUGAUGAAUAAUAUCUUCCCUCCGUUUCUAAAGAUGCACAAGCAAUUUGAUUUGAAAGGUUCAACUUACGGAAGGGUCAUGGAUGUUCCUCGAGCUCUGGCGCAGGGUAAGACUAACAUAGUGAUGAAGGAUGUGAACUGGCUUGACCAGAACGAGAAACUUUUGCUUGGCCCAACCAAGCGAAAGACGUUCCUGACUCAGCUGCGGAAAGAUGUCCGUUUUCUGGAGCGUUUGAGGAUUAUGGAUUACUCGCUAUUGGUGGGAAUCCAUAGCCUGGAUGCUGCAGCUGCGGAAACGGAGCCGCUUGUGAAUCUCAGUGAUAACCGGAGAAUGCUCACGGCCGAGGAUGUGGCAGCAUUAGAAGAAGAAGGUGGAAUUGUAGCCACCAACGAACAGGAUGAACAUGAGCCGUUCGUCUACUAUGUCGGCAUCAUCGAUUGCCUUACGCAUUACUCAUGGAUCAAGAGACUGGAGACGAUAUUUCGUUCCAUCGGGCACAAAAAGGAUACCAUAAGCGCAAUCCCGCCCAUUGAUUAUGGUGAAAGGUUUCUUGCGUUCAUCACAGAUGGAGUUUCGGGUGCGACAGUGUAA